CCCUACUAAAUCAGUAAUCUAAAGCUUCUUCCCUCAGUUCUCAGCUGUGUCCUUGUGUGUGUGGAGAGAGAGUGAGACAAGAAUGGCAGAGGAGGCGAUGGUGGAGGAGGAGUUUUCGGUGUGGAAGAAGAACACGCCGUUGCUGUAUGACCUCGUUGUAUGCCACUCCCUCGAAUGGCCGUCACUCACCGUCCAGUGGCUGCCCACGCCGCCUUCAUCUGACUCCGGCGAUCUCGCCGCGCACAAAUUGAUCCUCGGGACGCAUACAUCCGAUGAUUGCCCCAAUUUCCUCAUGCUCGCCGACGCCUUCCUCCCACGCGACCCCACCUCCGCCAUCGAUGUCGACCCCGAGAACUCAAUCGUCCCUAGGGUGGACAUAGUUCAAAAAAUUCGAGUUGAUGGAGAAGUGAAUAGGUCGCGGUGUAUGUUGCAGAACCCGGCUUUGAUCGCUGCAAAGACCAAUAUUCCUGAAAUAUUCGUGUUCGACACUACUAAGCAGCUGGAGGAUGCCAAUGUUGAUUGUUGCAAUCCGGACUUGAGACUUCGGGGACAUGAUAAAGAAGGAUAUGGUUUGUCGUGGAGCUCCUUCAGAGAAGGAUAUCUAUUGAGUGGUUCGAAUGAUUGCAAAAUUUGUCUGUGGGAUGUGUCUGCAACGCCUCAAGAGAAAGUGCUUGAUGCAAAGUUUACUUAUGAGGGCCAUGAGAAUGUGGUUGAGGAUGUAUCGUGGCAUUUAAAGAAUGAGAACUUGUUCGGCUCUGUGGGGGAUGACGGCAAACUAGUGAUUUGGGACUUGCGCACGAACAAGUUCCAGCACUCUGUUGUUGUACAUGAGAAAGAGGUGAAUUAUUUAUCUUUCAAUCCAUUUAAUGAGUGGGUUUUGGCAACUGCGUCCUCUGAUUCUACAGUUGGUCUAUUUGAUAUGCGGAACUUGAAUGCUCCUCUGCAUGCUCUAAGCAGUCAUGAGAAAGAGGUAUUCCAGGUUGAAUGGGAUCCUAACCACGAAACGAUUCUUGCAUCUGCUGCUGAUGACAGAAGGUUGAUGGUUUGGGACCUUAACAGGAUUGGAGACGAGCAACUAGAAGGAGAAGCUGAAGAUGGUCCUCCUGAGCUCCUCUUCUCCCAUGGUGGUCAUAAAGCAAAGAUUUCAGACUUUUCAUGGAACAAGAAUCAACCAUGGGUCAUCUCGAGCGUAGCAGAGGACAACACACUGCAGGUCUGGCAAAUGGCAGAAAGCAUCUACCGUGACGAUGAUUUUCCGUAGUUACCCGAGUGCUUAAAGAUCAAUUGUUUUGUAGGGCUACAACACUGAGUUCGAAUUCAGCUUGUUAUGCAAGGAAUCUUAGAUAUCAGAACAUAUUUUGAACUCAAUAUUCGCCACAAAUCAAUGUACGCUCGCAGUAGUUUCUGCGAUUCUAAAUUUCUAAUCUUAUCUUUAGCCAAUUCGUUUA